AUGCGCCCUCUCAUCACCCUCGAGGAGCACUUUGCUUCCCCCACCGUCCUCACCUCUAGCGACCAAGCAAAAGCCCACUACGCCAACUUUCCCCCUCGCAUCCUCGACAAGCUCACCGACCUGGACCACACCCGCGUCGCCGACCUGGACCGCGGCCACGUCUCCCUGCAAGUCGUAUCCCACGGCCCGGGCAACGUGGCCGCGUCCGUCUGCACCGCCGUCAACAAUGACCUCGCUGCCGCCAUCCGUCGCCACCCCACCCGCCUCGCCGGCUUCGCCAUGCUGCCCAUGCGGGAGCCCGCCGCCGCCGCCACCGAGCUGGAGCGCUGCGUCACAAAGCUCGGCUUCGUCGGCGCGCUGGUCGAGAACCACCUCGACGGCGUCUUCUACGACGCCGAGUCCUACUGGCCCGUGUUUGAGCGCGCGCAGCAGCUCGACGUGCCCAUCUACCUCCACCCGACCUUUGCGUCGGACAGCAUGGCCGCCCACUACAAGGGCAACUACCCCGACGACGUUGCGCUGGCGCUGAGCGCCUUUGGCUGGGGCUGGCACGCCGAGACGGGGCACCACGUCCUGAGGCUGUUUGCGGCCGGGCUCUUUGACCGCUUCCCCAAGCUCAAGCUCGUCAUCGGCCACAUGGGCGAGCUGCUGCCCUUUCAGCUCGAUCGCUGCGUCGGCAUCUCGGAGCGCUGGGGGGCCAAGCAGCGCGGCCUGCGCCAGGUCUGGCGCGAGAAUAUCUGGGUGACGACGAGUGGCAUGUUUACCCUCACGCCGCUCAAGUGUUUGCUUGAUACUAUGCCCAUUGAUCAUGUCAUGUUUAGCGUCGACUAUCCGUUUUCACCGAAUGAAAGGGGGUUUGAAUUCUUGGAUGAGAUUGAAAAGAGCGGUUUGAUUACAGGUGAUGACUUGGACUUGUUUGCUUACAAGAAUGCUGAAAAGCUACUACGAGUGAAGGCGUCAGCUGAUUCAGACACAACCAAAUAG